AUGUCGUCUCAAAAACCAUUGAAUCCCCAAGAUGGCCGCAAGAAGAAGAUUCUCAUUGUGGGCGCCGGAGCAGCAGGAAUGUCUUGCGCCCAUCAUCUCAGCCAGUCUCCAGACAAGUACGACAUCACCCUGAUUGAUGCAGUCGACUACUGCGGUGGCCAGGCAUUCUCCAUCCCGUUGAACAAGGAGCGUCAUGGCGCCAGCUGGUUCAACCAGGGUGUCCAAGGAGGCAGCUACAUCUUCCAUCAUACACUCACCAUGUUCGCCCAGCAAGGCUACCAUGCUGAUCCAGUCAAUCUGCAAGUCUCCUUCGGCAAGGACAACACUUUUUGGACGAACGUAUUCCCUACCGACUUGAUCGCGCGACAUCAAAAAGAAGUCAAACGACUUGCAUUCGCCCUCAAAUUUAUGCGUUGGUUUGAGAUCUUCUUUGCCUUGAUUCCAAUGAAGGUCUUCUUCAAGUUGUGGAUGUUCUCGGAUGAGUUCACCAAUACUGUUGCUUUACCAAUGGUUGCAUUGUUCCUCGGCACUGGUAACUACGCUCCCGAGGUGCCCACCAUGAUGCUUGAACGACUCUGUACGAGUCCUACAUACGGCAUGUGGUACCCCUUUGACUCGAAGACCAUUGCGAGCAAUAAGCCACCGAUGGUCGUAUUCCCUAACUUUUCCGAGUUCUACGAAACAUGGCGCAAGGACCUCGUCGCACGUGAGGUCAACGUCCGCCUCUCCACCGAACUCGUGGCCGUGUUGAAGCGAGACAAGUCUGGUGUCAUAGUGUCGAUGAAGAAGCGUACCCCUGUUCCUGACCACCACAACCCUCUCGACGGCGAUCGGGAUGCGCCAACGUUCGAAGAGCACUACGACGAACUGGUUCUCUGCUGUCUCGCCGAUACGGCCAAGCGCGUGCUCAGUCGCACUUCGUCCUGGCGCGAACGCAAGGUCCUGGGUUCUGCGAAGUUCUCAGACGACAUCACCAUCACUCACACUGAUUCCGACUACAUGAAGAAACACUAUCAGAACUUCUACGACGACUCUUUGGCCGUCAAGUCUCUUUCUGGCAGUGACCAGACUGCACGCUGCGAUGCCGCCAGACAGAAUUUCCGACCCAUGUACUAUAUCAAGAUGUAUGAGAAGGACCUCUCCAAGCUGGAGAUGUGCUUCGACACAACGAACUAUCAGUGCCAGUUUCCCCAGAACGUGCCGUUUGAAGACCACGUGUUUCAGACGAUUUACCUGAACAAAGGGCGUGAUGGACACCUGUGGACCGACAACGAGAUUGACGAGUCGAAGAUAAUCCGCAAAGAUUGGUGGCAUCAGUUGUGUCACAGCUAUACUCACUACCUCUUCGUCGUGCCAUGGAUGAUGUUCCUCCAGGGAAGGAGGAGAGUCCGAUAUGCUUCGAGCUGGACUAUGGUCAACGCCCAUGAAGUGGCGAUCAUGUCGGGCAUUGCUGCUGCUGUGGACUUGGGAGCCGAGUAUCCUGAGGAUCUGGAGAAUGAUAAGUUUGCGUUCUUGUCUUUUAGACUGUAUUAUCUGCUUGUGUACGGCAAAUGGUACAGACGUAAGUACUCAAAGAAGGGACGGGCAGAAAGCCAAAAGGCCAAAGAGGGCGCGUCAUGGGCAAGUGGGCUGUAUGGGAGCGUAUACAAGGGACCGGGAGUGGUUGAAGGUGAACGGACAACCUGGAACGAAGAGAUGAAGAUGGGCCGGAGUACGGGGAAUUUAGCUGAUGAUAACACCAAGACCAGGAGCCAGCCCUGAACCGGAGGUUGAUGAUGGCUUGGGAGCGAUGAUUGAUACUUGAAUGCUUUCUUU